UCCACACUUAGCCACUGCCCCCCGCCCCUGCGCCUCACUGGGCACCGGGACUGCAGGUGGCCGGCCCCCUGUCCCUCGCGGCAGAGGCAAGGCCGCACCUGCGCGAAGGCCAAACAGGCAGGAUGGGCGACAUGGCCAACAGCUCCAUCGAGUUCCACCCGAAGCCGCAGCAGCAGCGGGAGGCACCCCAGGCGGGCGGCUUCGGGUGCACACUGGCAGAGCUGCGUGCCCUCAUGGAGCUCCGUGGGGCCGAGGCACUGCAGAAGAUCCAGGAAGCCUACGGGGACGUCGGUGGGCUCUGCCGGAGGCUGAAGACUUCGCCCACCGAGGGCCUGGCAGACAACACCAAUGACUUGGAGAAGCGCAGGCAGAUCUAUGGGCAGAACUUCAUCCCCCCCAAGCAACCCAAGACCUUCCUGCAGCUGGUGUGGGAGGCCCUGCAGGACGUGACCCUCAUCAUCCUGGAGGUGGCUGCCAUCGUGUCCCUGGGCCUCUCCUUCUAUGCACCACCUGGAGAGGAGAGCGAAGCCUGUGGGAAUGUGUCUGGCGGGGCAGAAGAUGAGGGUGAAGCAGAGGCCGGCUGGAUUGAGGGGGCCGCCAUCUUGCUGUCCGUCAUCUGCGUGGUGCUGGUCACGGCCUUCAAUGACUGGAGCAAGGAGAAGCAAUUUCGAGGCCUGCAGAGUCGCAUUGAACAGGAGCAGAAGUUCACGGUCAUCCGGAACGGGCAGCUUCUCCAGGUUCCUGUGGCUGCACUGGUGGUAGGGGAUAUUGCCCAGGUCAAGUAUGGAGACCUGCUGCCUGCAGAUGGUGUGCUCAUCCAGGGUAAUGACCUCAAGAUCGAUGAGAGCUCCCUGACGGGCGAGUCAGACCACGUGCGCAAGUCAGCUGACAAAGACCCCAUGCUGCUGUCAGGCACUCAUGUCAUGGAAGGUUCAGGAAGAAUGGUGGUGACGGCAGUUGGCGUGAACUCCCAGACAGGCAUCAUCUUCACCUUGCUGGGAGCUGGAGGAGAGGAGGAAGAAAAAAAGGAUAAGAAAGGCAAGCAGCAGGAUGGGGCGAUGGACAGUAGCCAGACCAGAGCCAAGAAGCAAGACGGGGCAGUUGCCAUGGAAAUGCAGCCCCUGAAGAGCGCAGAGGGCGGGGAGAUGGAGGAGCGGGAGAAGAAGAAAGCCAGCGUGCCCAAGAAGGAGAAGUCGGUCCUGCAGGGCAAGCUCACGAAACUGGCUGUGCAGAUUGGGAAAGCAGGACUGGUGAUGUCGGCCAUCACUGUCAUCAUCCUGGUCCUCUACUUCGUCAUCGAGACCUUCGUUGUGGAUGGCCGGGUAUGGCUGGCAGAGUGCACGCCAGUCUACGUGCAGUAUUUUGUGAAGUUCUUCAUCAUUGGCGUCACUGUGCUGGUCGUGGCUGUGCCCGAGGGCCUGCCUCUUGCCGUCACCAUCUCCCUGGCUUACUCUGUCAAGAAAAUGAUGAAGGACAACAACCUGGUCCGCCACCUGGAUGCCUGCGAGACCAUGGGCAAUGCCACGGCCAUCUGCUCGGACAAGACGGGCACGCUCACCACCAACCGCAUGACCGUGGUCCAGUCCUACCUAGGAGACACCCACUACAAGGAGAUUCCAGCCCCCAGCGUCCUGACCCCCAAGAUCCUUGACCUCCUGGUCCAUGCCAUCUCCAUCAACAGUGCCUACACCACCAAAAUACUACCUCCAGAGAAGGAAGGUGCCCUCCCACGCCAGGUGGGGAAUAAGACUGAGUGCGCUCUACUGGGCUUCGUGCUGGACCUGAAGCGGGACUUCCAGCCCGUGCGGGAGCAGAUUCCAGAAGAUAAACUUUACAAAGUGUACACCUUCAACUCGGUCCGCAAGUCUAUGAGCACGGUCAUCCACAUGCCUGACGGUGGCUUCCGCCUCUUCAGCAAGGGGGCCUCAGAGAUCCUGCUCAAAAAGUGCACCAACAUCUUAAACAGCAACGGGGAGCUCCGGAGCUUUCGUCCUCGGGACCGGGAUGACAUGGUGAAGAAGGUUAUAGAGCCAAUGGCUUGUGAUGGCCUGCGCACCAUCUGCGUUGCCUACCGAGACUUCUCUGAAGGCCAGGAGCCCGACUGGGACAACGAGAACGAAGUGGUGGGUGACCUCACCUGCAUCGCUGUCGUGGGCAUCGAGGAUCCUGUGCGGCCUGAGGUCCCUGAAGCUAUCCGCAAAUGCCAGCGUGCUGGCAUCACGGUCCGCAUGGUGACCGGAGACAACAUCAACACAGCCCGGGCUAUUGCAGCCAAGUGUGGCAUCAUCCAGCCCGGGGAAGACUUCCUGUGCUUGGAGGGGAAGGAGUUCAACCGGAGGAUCCGCAACGAGAAAGGAGAGAUAGAACAAGAGCGGCUGGACAAGGUGUGGCCUAAGCUGAGGGUGCUGGCCCGGUCAUCUCCCACCGACAAGCACACUCUGGUCAAAGGGAUUAUUGACAGCACCACAGGUGAGCAGCGGCAGGUGGUGGCAGUGACUGGGGAUGGCACUAAUGAUGGGCCAGCCCUCAAGAAGGCUGACGUAGGCUUUGCCAUGGGCAUCGCAGGGACUGACGUGGCCAAGGAGGCCUCUGACAUCAUCUUGACCGAUGACAACUUCACCAGCAUUGUCAAGGCAGUCAUGUGGGGCCGCAACGUCUACGACAGCAUCUCUAAGUUCCUGCAGUUCCAGUUGACGGUCAACGUGGUGGCUGUGAUCGUGGCCUUCACAGGCGCCUGCAUUACUCAGGACUCCCCUCUCAAAGCCGUGCAGAUGUUGUGGGUGAACCUGAUCAUGGACACCUUUGCCUCUCUGGCCCUGGCGACAGAGCCCCCCACAGAGUCACUGCUGCUGCGGAAGCCAUAUGGCCGCGACAAGCCCCUCAUCUCACGCACCAUGAUGAAGAACAUCCUGGGCCACGCCGUCUACCAGCUCACCAUCAUCUUCACGCUGCUCUUUGUCGGGGAGCUCUUCUUCGACAUUGACAGUGGGAGGAACGCGCCGCUGCACUCGCCCCCCUCUGAGCACUACACCAUCAUCUUCAACACCUUCGUCAUGAUGCAGCUCUUCAAUGAGAUCAAUGCCCGCAAGAUCCAUGGCGAGCGCAACGUCUUUGACGGCAUCUUCAGCAACCCCAUCUUCUGCACCAUCGUCCUGGGCACCUUUGGCAUUCAGAUUGUCAUCGUCCAGUUCGGCGGGAAGCCCUUCAGCUGCUCCCCGCUGUCCACGGAGCAGUGGCUCUGGUGCCUGUUCGUCGGCGUUGGGGAGCUGGUCUGGGGACAGGUCAUCGCCACCAUCCCCACCAGCCAGCUCAAAUGCCUGAAGGAGGCAGGCCACGGACCGGGCAAGGAUGAGAUGACCGACGAGGAGCUGGCUGAGGGGGAGGAGGAGAUCGACCACGCCGAGCGCGAGCUGCGCAGGGGCCAGAUCCUCUGGUUCCGCGGCCUCAACCGGAUCCAGACACAGAUCCGGGUGGUGAAAGCAUUCCGUAGCUCGCUCUAUGAAGGCCUGGAGAAACCGGAAUCCAAGAGCUCCAUCCAUAACUUCAUGGCAAUGCCUGAGUUCCUGAUCAAUGACUACACCCACAACAUCCCACUCAUCGAUGACACGGACGUGGACGAGAACGAGGAGCGCCUGCGGGCUGCCGUGCCUCCGUCCCCCAACCAGAACAACAACGCCAUAGACAGCGGCAUCUACCUGACCACGCAUGCCACCAAGUCAGCUACCUCUUCAGCCUUCUCUUCCAGGCCGGGGAGCCCGCUCCACAGCGUGGAGACGUCGCUCUAACCAGGACUCCUCUCGGUACACGCACAUGUGGACUCACACACACUUGCUCGUGCACACACGUGCACGUGCUUGCACACACACGCACACACACGCACACACACAGAAGGCAGCCUGCACCCCUGCCAAAGAGGGAGACCACUACGGCGGCUGAAGACUUUUCUUGGCAUGGCGUUUGCAAGAAGCCAAAUCCAGUCAAUAAGGGUACCGCCCCGCGGCCUUCUCAUCUCAGACAGAGGGGCGGGGCUGGGGGAUGAGGGAGAAGAGGAGGCGGAGAAGCUUUCUUCCCCAAGUGGGAGGGAGACAGGCAUGAGGAAAACUGCGCUCCCCACCUUCUAUCUACAGAUGCGUCUUUUUUACCGGGCGGUUGCAUCAAGUGCGUGCCACUUGGGCUGUGUGGUGAGCGGGGCGGCUCGGCUCGCCAGGCACUGCUACACGGGAAGAGGAGCCAUCAGCUUAACCCAAGGCACCGCAGCCAGGCAGGCCUUCCGCGGGCCCGGGAAGCGGGCACUGCCCAUACAAGCCACCAGAGGGAGCCGCCUGCAAAUGUACCCGCAGCCACAACCAACGACCGAGUGCACGCCACCCGACUGCAGUCUGCAGUGUGUGCGUGCGCAUAUAUAUAUAUGUGUGUGUGUGUGUGUCUAUAUGCAUAUACAUAUAUAUACGAUGAGAUGCAUAGUUCAAGAAUAAGGAGCUAUUUAUUGGCAUGAUAUUUCCAUUCCUCUUACCAGGUGUUUUCCUUUUGAGAUUCCAUUAUUGAAUGUAGCAAGGGUUUUUCAGGGAAGCAGACUGCAAGAACGUUUUCCUCCCUAGUCCGGUGCCCCUCAGGACCGCCUGCGCCCCUGCUGCCACGGCCUGGCCCUGACAAGAUGCCCACGGAGGAGGUGUGGGGAGGGAUGCCCGAGGCCGGGAGGCAUUACCAGGGGAACAUUUGCACUUCGGGACCCUGCAUAGAGAGGAGAAAAACCUUGCCAUGGAAUUAUCACUGCAAAGGAAAAUACCAAAGUCUUGAUGAGCACGGUCCCCUCCCAUAGGCGUUUCUACUGCGAGUCCCGCGUUCUGGCCAGCAGCUUUCUGUGUCGGUGACGCCCCAGCCUGCACAAAGGGGGCCCCACCCCACUCACCCGCUCCGUCUGAGCAGAGGGUGGGCCCGGAACCCCAGAACCUGCAUGGUGGGCUGAGGAAGAGGCUCGUCAAGGCUGGGAGGCUGCCUGGGGCACAGUCCAGACCCCAGCACCUUCGGCACACUGGCUGGACUUUCACUUCGUGUUUUGAUGACGCCAGGAAGUGCUGAUGGGGCCACCUCCGUGUCUGCUGCCGCCUGGGCAGUGCCGCCCGCCAGAGCUUGCUUCUGAGCCUGGUCGUCUCAUCCAGAGGCCUAACGCGAGCCUCGAAGGCGCAGCCUCGAGUCUGCUGCCGCUUCUAGCAACAGUGGAGAAGCAAAGCUGUGUGGAACACGGCAUUCUGCUGCUGCUGUAGUCACUCUUGGCACCAGUGGCUCUUCUAGGCCCACUGCGGCUGAGUAUGGCCCACAGCAGGGCUCAGGCCUGCCCAGGCAGGUGGGGCUUUCAGCAGGCACCUCUCCUGGUAGUGCGGGCACCCAGCAUACAAGCCUCAGUUUCCCCAGGAUGAGUGAUAAUCUAAGAGGAAACUGCAGAGAAGGCAGAGGUAGAGGGUCCUGAUGUCCGCUGUCCUGUCCUCCAGGCCACAAGCCUCUUCCCCACGGAUUACCAAGCCUCCAGGUCGGUCGAAGUGAUGCUGUGAAAUGGGCUGCACUUUGCCCUUGAGGUUCCUUGACCUCCUGAGCUCACGGCCUUCUCACUUCCCGCUUCGUCAGGAGGUGGCCUGGGGCUCAGCUGCAGACUGGCACCCUCAGGCGCUGGGCCUGUCACCCCCCACACACGCCGCCUCCCCAGCAUCUGCCCAAAGCCAAAUGGAAACGCGCUUGGUGGCCACCAUUCCCGCGAAAGCCGUGUCACCCCUGAGCAGCAGUAGUCGAAUCUCGGGCAAAAGAUUUCGGUUCGAAAGCAAAUCCCACUUUAAAAUGCCAGCUACAGAUAACUUAAGCCAUCCCUUUUUUCUAAAGGGCACAUUGAGAAUGUCACCCAUUUGUAAAUUGUUCCCUGAUGUCCUUGUUUAAACCGCCACAACCUGAAGGGCAACUCCAUUUCCAGAGGGUCUUUGUGCUCUGAAUUGUGUGUCAGUCAGAGAGGGUCAGCUGCGGACCCCGCGCUCCUGGGCUUCUUCCCAUCUUCUGUUGUAGACAUCGAUAGAGCAAUCCCUCGCUGCCGCCGCGUCCCGUCACCUGGUGCAAAUGUUGCCUGUGUGGUCCCUAGGGUGCCUUUGAGCUGGGCUAUGGGGUACGCAGAAGGGGCACGGUGGACUUGCGAUCUUUCACUCUGGUUCUUGUACAGUCUUCAGGCCGAGGGACUAUCUCAUUGGGAAGCCCCUCUUUCUAAGCAUUAUAUUAUCCGGAAUGGCUUGGUCAACUGUGUUCAGUUAAUAAAUAUGUUUUACAUUUUUAUCUGCCUGUUAUAAAGAUGAACAAAAAUAUCUUAAUGAGGAAGACCACAGAUGCAUACUAAUUUAAAGUCUGUAGUUGAAUUUCCUAAUUUAAAGACUAGACCAAAAUUUCUGUGUAUAAAAAAAAAAUGAAAGGCUCUUAUAAUCAUGG